GGCGGGGCCUUCUGGGGGCCAGGUUCCGUUCGCCAGGCAGAUUCUGGCGGCUCAUUCGUAAACGCUAGGGCGACGUAUCCGCAGGCUGUAGUGGAAACCUUGGCGCAGGCUUACCGAACUGGUAUUGGAAAACAAUAGCUGUUUUGGCUUUUCCACCAUUUAAAUAUCUAUGUUUGUCUUCUGACUGCAAUGUUUCUGAUGCCAACCUCUUCAGAACUAAACAGUGGGCAGAACUUUCUAACCCAAUGGAUGACCAAUCCUUCUCGUGCUGGAGUCAUAUUAAAUCGUGGAUUUCCUAUUUUGGAAGCAGAUGAAGAGAAGCAAACAGCUACAAAUACUUCUACUUUUCUUAGUAAAACUACACGUUUUUCAAAUAGUUUCAGCUUUAGUAGUGAAGAAGAUUCACUUCAUGAAGAACUGAAGUUGGAAUCUAGCAGUCCUCAUAAAUUACAGUCACAAAAAUCAGAAGCCAGUGGAAUUUUGCCUUUAAUUAAAAAGAAACCACAAAUAGUGGCAUGUCAGAACACCCCUGGAAAUCAGAAAGACAACAAAAGUGACUUUAUGCCCAGUUUUGAUGGUGAUUUUAAAGAUGUGUUUUAUAAAGAUCCACUUUUUAAAAAGCUUGAACAGCUGAAGGAAGUACAGCAGAGGAAGCAGGAACAACUGAGGAGGCAACAGUCAGAGCAGCUGCAGAGGUUUUUGGAAGAGCAAGAGAAGCUGCUUACCGUGGUGUCUGGACAGCGUGUGCUUCCAGGUUUUACCUUGCUGCCUGAUGAUGACAGUCAGAAGUACAGAUCUCCUGGAAGUACACCAGCCAGAGAGAAAGCAACACCCUUCUUGCCAUCAUAUGUCUACCCAAAUCAAACCCAAGAAAAGCUGCAUUCUUCCAACAUUUCAUUCGAUGAACAGAAUAACUUGUGUAAAGCUACUCCUCAUGAUUUUGUUCCAGCUUCAAAAAGGUCUUCUCCCAAUUUGUUUUUUGAGUCACAAUAUCAAGAAGCAAUUGUGAAAAAAUAUGAUUUGAAGGAAGACAACCCUAUAGGAGAAAGUAUUUUACCACUGGAGAAAACGACAGAACAGAUUCAGGAAAGGAAUGAUACUAACUUAAAAAAAAUUGGUGAUUCCUCAGAAGUGGUUAAUAUUGAAGAACGACCUAUUAAAGCUGUCAUUAGAGAAAGGAAACAGACAUUUGAAGACUACUUAGAAGAACAAAUUCAGUUGGAUGAACAAGCACUUAAACAAAAACAGCUCAGGGAAGCAGAGGGACAAUUGAAAGCAAAACCCAAACAACCAUUCUUAAAACGAGGAGAAGGUUUAGCUAGGUUUAUUAACAAUAAAUCUAAGCUUCAAAAAGGGAAAGAAAGUAAAUUAGGAACUAAUCAGAAUGCCUUAGAGGAUCAAUCUCUGUUUAAAGUAGAUAGACAGCUAUUCCAGCGGAAAACUGCGCUUAUAAAUAAAGAACCGUGUUCAGAGAACUGUACUGUUAAAAAGGAGAAUAAAACUAGAACCAAGUUCGGUUCUGUCACACACAAUCAGAAGCCAAAAGUGCCUAAGAGCAAUAGUAGAAAAAAUGUCUCUCCAUCAGGAUCGAAAAUACAGACAGAGAAGAAAUGUAACGGACAAUUUAGAGAGCAGAUCAAGUUAGAAAAAAAAGUUGACUCUAACAAAGAAAAUGUACCAGAGUGCACAAAGCCCUGUGAUGCUGGUUGCAGUGUGUGGAACAAGACGCGGGGGAAAGACAGACCAUGUCUACCAACUGGGCCUGUUGGCUGUUUGGCUUCUAAGAGUCCCACAAGUGAGACUGGGAAGGAGCUGGUCUCUUCUUUUGACAUUUCUUUUCAGAAAAAAUUAGAGAAUUGGGAACAAGAAAAGGAAAAAGAAAAUUUGGAGUUAGAUGAAUUUUUAUUUUUAGAAAAAGCUGCUGAGGAAAUUUCAUUUUCUAGUAAUUCCUCAUUUGUACUGAAAAUCUUAGAAAGGGAUCAGCAGGCCCACAAAGGUCACCGGAUGUCUUCAACCCCUGUCAAAGCUGUGCAGCAGGAGACACAUCUGGUGGAUCUCAGUGCUAAGCGUGACUGCAAUGAGGAUCCAGACCCCAGCCCUGCCUGUGAAAAUAAGAGUGAGUGUGAGGUCAGAGCUGGACCACUGGCCUCUGCAUCCUUACCUGAUGAAUUGAAGGAACUGUCUUGCAAAAUCAAUGGCAAAACCUUCCAAACAGGCUCUUGUGAAGGUCAAAUGCUGUGGAAUGUGAGUGAUGGUGAAAGUGUUAGGAAUAGUGACAGCAGCACUGACUCUGAGGAGCAGCUUGAUGUUACCAUAAAGCCACCCAUGGAGGACAGAGAGGGAGGUUUCAUCAGUAAAGAGGAUAGUCCUCAGAUCUGUCAUGGCAAGGGACCUUUCAGGGACACCAGAACUCAAGAUAAUAGGAGAGAUGUUGACCUGGACUUAUCUGAUAAAGAUUAUAGCAGCGAUGAGUCUGUUGUAACAGAAGGCAUGAAAACAAAAGUGUCUGAACCUUCAAGAAGACCCUUGUUGCCAAGUGUGAGUCAGAUUGACUUUGAUGAUGAAAGAUCUUGGACUGACCCCGAAGAGAAUUCAUGUAAAAAUGAUGUUAAUCUUGGGGAUGAAGUCUUUUAUGGGGUACCCCACGUAGGCUAUUCUAACAGUGGUGUCUGUUUCUUGGAUAAAACAAUAAAAAGGAAAGUUGUUCCAGUCAUGAAAGGAGAAGUCCUAAGCCAGGCUAACAGGAGCACAAGUCCCCCUCCCACAUCAGAUCUGAUGAUGCAAUUCUUCCCUUCUUUGAAACUGCAAUCAGAAUCAGAUUCACACUUGGGAAAUGAGCCCAAGUUAAAUAUGAGCCAAGACCAACCAUCUGGUGAUAAUGCUCGAUCCCAGGCUUUGCGAGAGAAAGUUGUUGAAUUGGAUACAGAAAUAGAAAAAUUUAAAGCUGAGAAUGCAUCAUUGGCUAAACUUCGCAUGGAACAAGAAAGUGCCAUGGAGAAGCUCAGGAAAGAAACUGCAGACUUUGAGCAACAGAAAGUAAAAGAAUUGGCUCGGAUAGAAGAUUUGAAAAAAGAAGAAAUGAGGAAGCUACAAAAGGAGCGUAAAGUUUUUGAAAAGUAUGCGACAGCUGCAAGAACUUUCCCAGAUAAAAAAGAACGUGAAGAAAUACAGGCUUUGAAACAGCAAAUAGAAGACUUACAAGAAGAUUUGAAAAAGAAGGAAACAAAAUGGUCAAGCACAUAUGGGCGUCUAAGAAGCCAGAUAGAAAUGUUAGUCAGAGAGAAUACAGACCUCCGAGAAGAGAUAAAAGUGAUGGAAAGAUUCCGGCUGGAUGCCUGGAAGAAAGCAGAAGCUAUUGAGAGCAGCCCUAAGGCUUACCAAUGUGUGACUGCCAGGAAGAGAGACGAAUCCCUGAACACAUCUGUUCGAUACCAAAAAAGCCACAUUUCUUCAGGAACCCAGGGGGAAAAGUAUAAGAAAAACUGUUUGCCAAAACAUGGGAAUCCAUCUCGAAGAUCCAAGUCUGUACCUCCACAGGAGUUAGGCAGCUCUGAUAAAGAACAAGCUGCCUUGCCCAGGGAGCCAUUUAAACCAAUCAGCCUCCUAGACCCUGAAUAUAGAAAGGAAAAAAACCAAGAAAUUCAGGAAGAAAUCAGUCAUCCUGAUGGAAAGGUGGAAAAGAUUUAUAAGAAUGGCUACCAGAUUAUACUGUUUCCUAAUGGAACUCAGAAAGAAGUGAGCGCAGAUGGGAAGAGCAUCACUGUCACUUUCUUUAAUGGUGAUGUGAAGCAGGUCAUGCCCGACGGCAGAGUGAUCUACUAUUAUGCUGCGGCCCAGACCACCCACACCACGCACCCCGAAGGACUUGAAGUUCUACACUUCUCAAGUGGACAAAUAGAAAAACAUUUCCCAGAUGGAAGAAAAGAAAUCACAUUUCCUGAUCAGACCAUUAAAAACUUGUUUGCUGACGGCCAAGAGGAAAGCAUCUUUCCAGACGGCACAGUUGUGAGAGUGCAACGUGAUGGUGAGAAAAUCAUAGAAUUUAAUAAUGGCCAAAGAGAACUUCAUACUGCACAGUUCAAGAGACGGGAAUAUCCAGAUGGCACUGUUAAAACUGUGUAUGCAAAUGGUCAUCAAGAGACAAAGUACACAUCUGGCCGAGUAAGAGUUAAAGACAAAGAUGGUAAUGUCCUCAUGGACACAGAACUGUAAUGCUCCAGUGACGAUUGUGAAGUCACACUGCCCGUUUAAAAGAUACACUUCCUGUGGACGAUUGUUUAACUGCUGUGUCUAAAUGGUAAACAUGAAUUCUAAAAUAAAAGCUAAUUAGAAGA